AUGGCGUCGGAUUUUGAUAACGACGAUGUCAUUGGGAUGGUCGUUCGAAGAGGGCCACGUUUGAAGAGAAUCACCAAAACAAGAAAAACAAUAAUGUCUCUCCCUCCACCGACCAAUGAUAAAACAAUAGCAACACCACAUAUGGUUGUUCGGCUAGCUACAACGACAGCGCCUGAGGAAAUUGCUCCGGAAAAAGCUAUAGCUGUAAUUGAUACGAUGGCCAAAGAGAUCCCCACUUUGGUGGAACCAGCGGAUGAUAGUGCCGCGUCAAAGGUAGACACAAUCCCUCAACAACAUGAACCAACAAAGAUUGUGUCUCCGGUUAAUGUUGUCGUCAUGCUCGUGAUUGACAAGAUCGUUGACAGCAUUGUCAACAAAAUCCCUGUCUCAGUCAAACCGGCGGAAGACACCGCCGCAUUGAAGGGAGAAACUCUCCCACAACCGUCAACAACAGCACUUGGCGAUGAACCGAAAGAUGCUACUAACGAGGGGCAAGGAAACGUCAUCGAAAAAAUAAUGACCGGUGCUGCGGUUGACAGUAUGGUCCUCGCCAACCAACAAUACAAGAAAGUGCGGACGAACUUUCAACCGAAGAAGAAAAGAUACCCCGGACAGGAGCGCCUCAAUGUGUUCGAGCAGGAGUUAUUAAAGAUCUUCCUAAAUUGCUGGAUGGAUCUGAUUGUUUUAUGGAAGAAUGACUAUGUCAACACCACACGAGCCAGCCUAUACACGAUGCUGGACAGGAAGGAAAUGGUGAAAGAUGAUGUGAUGGACACGUUCAUUUGCAUAAUCCAGAAAUCUCUGACGAGAGUACCAUAUCUAUAUAUGAAGUGCACCUUCAUCACGCGACCGCUUGCACUAUUCAUGUCCAAGCAGGAGGACGCGAGUGAAACGGCUCUCACUAUGAUGGGAGAUGCCGCACGUAACCUGUAUGAUGUUGACAUAGUCAUCCUGCCAAUCAUCAUAAAUGCCCACUUCCAUUUGGUCGUUCUUAAUAACAAUAAGCAAGAAUACAUGUACUAUACUUCUGCCGAAAGUGAGGAGUAA